AUGGUCGGCACGUCCGGAAUCGCGUCCGGAAAAGUGACCAUGGACGAUCGGGGUGAACGGGCGCCGCUAUACCGUGGUUUCUUCAUCUCGCCCAGCCAGGAUCAGGUAAUGCCAAUGGUUCACAUGGAGCCGACGUUCCUCGACAACUGCGACUAUCUGAUCAACGGCACCGGAUGCUAUGAAGUGGUGGUCACUGACAUGAUGAAGAACUUCUGGCCAAGUGUCGACAAUCAAAUGCCCAGGGAGGAGCCGGUGUGCGGAUAUCGUGGCGAGCGAUGCGAUUACACCCUCAUUAUCAUUGGUUCGAUCCUGGUGCUGUUGCUGAUCAUCUCCAUCGUGACGGCCUACAUCCUUCACGAUGUUUGCGAAAAACGCGCGCUGAACCGGAUGGCGUUCCGUAUUUUCCGCGACGAUCUGCAGCUGAUUGACGAGGACCAAGUGAAGAGUAUGCUAUCCCUGGGGAGCACGAGGACCAAACUGAGCAACAUGCAGUACAGCUCGCAGAAGAACCACGCAAUCCUUGGCACGAAUACGCAUUGCGUAUACCAUAAAUACGUCCAGCGGCGCCCGAUCGUGUUCAGCCGUUUCGACAAGGGGCUGCUGUCCUCAAUGAAACAAUCGGUGCACGACAACAUCAACACGUUCCUCGGCAUCUCGUUCAACGAAAAGGAGGAGGUGCUGCUCGUGUGGAAAUUCUGCUCCAGGGGCUCACUGCAAGACAUCAUCUACAACGACUCGAUCACGCUCGACGCCAAAUUCCACGGGGCCUUUGUCCGCGACAUUAUCACGGGUCUCGAAUAUCUGCACGCGUCGACAAUCGGCUAUCACGGCUCUCUGACCCCGUGGGCAUGUCUUAUCGAUCGAAAUUGGAUGGUGAAAUUGACGGAUUACGGGGUGGCCGAGCCGCUGGAGAGAUGGGAAAAGUCACAGGUGCUGUCGAAGGACGAUUUCAAGGAUACGGAGGAGAAGGAGGAUAGAAGCCAGGCAACACAGAAGACAUCCGCCCUCUACGACUCGCCGGAAAUGCUAAAAAUGCGCCAAAAGAAUAAAGAACGCCGAAUGGAUCAGGAUUGGACCAGACAAUCACAGGCCCGCCGCCAACUCGGCGAUAUCUACGCGUUCGGGAUGGUGUUCUACGAGAUCAUGUUCCGCGCGUUGCCCUAUCCCGAGAAUACCGACAUUAAUGCCCUCGUCGACCAGAUCACCAGCGGAGAGCGCAUCGUCAAGCCGGGAAUUCAGAAUGAGAAGGUGUUGCACUACGACUUGUCGAACCUAAUCACCGAUUGCUGGAAUAACACACCGGAGAUGAGACCGUCGGUCCGGAGGAUCAAGCUCAACAUUGAGACCUAUCUGAAAGUCAAAGGCUCUCUGGUCGACCAAAUGAUGCGAAUGAUGGAGCAGUACGCCAACAACCUGGAAAAGCUGGUGCAGGAACGGACUGGGAUGUUGGAGGAGGCAAAUGCUCGUGCCGAUCGUCUCCUGUCACAGCUUUUGCCGGCGUACGUUGCUAACGAGCUGAAGCUUGGACGUCCCGUUCCGCCAAAGACCUUCUCGCAGUCGACGGUCAUGUUCAGUGACAUUGUCGGUUUCACGGAAAUGUGCCGCAACGGCAGCCCCCUCGAGGUGGUCACCGUCCUCAACUCGAUCUUCAGCGGUUUCGACGAGUUCAUCGCCCGCCGUGAGGCAUAUAAGGUGGAAACGAUUGGUGACGCGUACAUGGUGGUUUCUGGAGUACCGGAGGAAAAUGGAUUCCGCCACAUCCGAGAGAUUGCCACAAUUGCAUUGGAUAUUCACAAGUUCCUCGCCGAAUACUGUCCACCCCACCACGAAGACAUGCGAGUACGGUGUCGACUCGGAUUCGCCACGGGACCCGUCGCCGCGGCCGUUGUCGGUCUGAAUGCGCCUCGCUAUUGCCUGUUUGGAGACACGGUGAAUAUGGCUUCGCGGAUGGAGAGUACCGGAGAACCGGAAAAGACACAGAUUUCUGAGGCGGCCAAAACCAUGCUGGCCAACCAUUAUCCCGAAUUUGAAUGUGUCGAGCGGGGACAAGUCGCGAUUAAGGGCAAAGGAAUGUGCACGACGUAUUGGCUGGAGAGCACGAAGGACACGCUGCAAGGCCUCUACAGGGCGCCGACGGAACGCGUCUCCGACAAGCCGUCCUCCUCCCAAUUCGGCGCCUUCCUCGGACUCUCCAAGAACAAUUUACAGAAGAAA